UUUUGAAGCAUGUGUGUGUCGGCUUGCAUGUUGGGAGGUGGAGCUUCUGUUCAUUUACCAUUUUUUAGGGUGGAUCUCCCAAAGUCCAUCAAUAAGAGGCUACAUCCGUCCCCUGCUUCAAACUCCUGAGUUUCACAAACUUACCAAAGCUCGACUUUAUCUCUCAGAGCACAGAAGGGAAGGAGCGAGAAACGAUGGAUGCAUUGCCACUCCUGCUCCUGUCAGGGUCGCUGUUUCUCUGUGGUCAUGUAGAAGCCCAGCCUUCAACUGUUGAAACGCUUAAAGAAGCUGCGCUCCAGUGGGAGGGACCUUUGACCUGUGACAAGUGGGACUGCAAUUGCACUUUCAACCGCCAGCGCGGCUGCUGCUGCGCAGCCAACGAGAUGUAUCAAAUAGAAGAGGAGACUUUCACGAGGCUUAAAUAUUUGUGGUCCAACAUCAUGACACUGAAUGAGAAAGUAAAGGCUCACACGGAUGAAGUCAAGGUUGCCUUCAUGGCCUCCAUGGACCCAUCCAUUGCCACAGUAAUUCCUGGAUACACAAAGCCUUGCUUUGGUCCUUUCAAUACUAAUGUGCCAAUCCCGUUUAAAUCUGUUACUCUCAACGCUGGCAAGAGGUACAACCCAGCACUGGGUGUCUUCACUGCCCCUAAAUCUGGCGUUUACGUGUUUUCCUUCACAAUUUACUCAGCCGUGGAACCGAAUGGACGCCUCUACCAUAAAGUCCAGCUCAUGAAGAAUGGAAUAGUGGGGGUCAGCGUGUGGGAGAACAAUCGAGAGGACAGUGAGGAUAGCGCCACUCAGGUUGUGGCCCUGGAGCUGCUCCGAGGCGAUCAGGUCUACCUAGAGCUGAUAUCUGGGAGGAAACUCUGUGCGGAUCUGCAAUACAAUAUCUUUACUGGUUACAUUGUGUACCCCUAUGCUGAUGAGUGAUGCACCAGCUUGAAAGCAACGCUGCCCUCUCUAAAUCAACUCAUCUACAGUUCCACGUACAACAGAGAACAGAAGAUUCUUAAAAAGGAAUUUUCUCUGUCCCAGGUUUUCUUUCCUGGCAUAGCUCUGUGAACUAAACCCUUUCCCCCUCAGUAGUCCUGAACAGCAUAGACAGUGAGUUGUACACAAAUAAUGAUACACAGUGAAAUGCACGUUUCCAACGUAGCAUGAAAGCAACGAUUGUUUUUUUUGGGAGUAUAUUUAAUUAUAAAUCUCAGUUUUGAUCACGUCUGCACUGGCAUUUGCUAAGAAAUCUUAAAAUGGACAUUGACUUGAUCUGGAUUAAAUAAAAGUUUAUCUGAC